AAACCACUUCCUGUUAUAAUUGACAUCUGUUUCCACUAUCACCUCACACUCACACACAUUCUCUUUAUUCAUUGAAUCUCUCGUCAUCACAUCAUUCAUCCUCUUCUUUUUCUCUCCUAAAUUCACAAGAACAACAUGCUUCUGCCUUAUCCCACUAGUGUUGUUAUGGUGGCACUAUUCACUAUGACGAUGAUGAUGAUGUUGUGCGGUGGCGAUUUGCAUAAGAACAUUGACAUAACAUGGGGUAACGGGCGUGCCCAGAUGCUCAACAAUGGCCAGCUUCUUACUGUGUCCCUUGACGCUGCCUCUGGCUCUGGAUUCCAAUCCAAGGAUCACUAUCUUUUUGGCCACUUUCAAAUUCAACUCAAACUUGUUCCUGGAAAUUCUGCAGGCACUGUCACUUCUUUCUAUUUACAAUCAGAAGGAUCAACUUGGGAUGAAAUAGACUUUGAAUUCCUUGGAAAUCUGAGUGGCAACCCGUAUAUUCUUCACACUAAUGUAAUCACGCAAGGUAAAGGUGGCAGGGAGCAACAAUUCUAUCUAUGGUUUGAUCCCACUUCUGAUUUUCACACUUACUCAAUUCUGUGGAAUCCACUAUGCAUCAUCUUAUACGUGGAUGGAAUUCCUAUUAGAGAAUUCAAGAACUAUGAAUCAAGGAAUAUAUCAUUUCCAAUGAAGAAACCAAUGAGAAUGUAUGGAAGCUUAUGGGAUGCUGAAGAUUGGGCUACAAGGGGUGGUCUAAUCAAGACAAAUUGGAGUGCAGCUCCAUUCAUUGCAUAUUUUAAAAAUUUUUUUGUCAAUGCUUGUGUUGAGUCUACUCCUCCUUCUAUUACGUCUUCUUGCACACACCCAAACAAAAAGAGUAAUAAUCAUAAUUCCGUUGGUGAAAAAUGGAUCACACAAGGGUUGAAGCCCUCUGAAGUAGACAAACUCAACUGGGUACACAAGAAUUUCAUGGUCUAUAACUAUUGUUCCGACUUAAAACGCUUCCCUCAAGGAUUGCCGCUAGAAUGUAAAAUAAACUAAUAAUGUCAUAAUUAAGAUAAGAUCUUCAUGGUGUAAUGCAACCGAAGAAGUAUAUAUGUAUAAAAGGAAGGAAAUAAUAAGUUCUUAUGUUCCUUAAUAUAUACAUUUCAUUUUGCAAAAUAUUCAAAA